CCCGACAUCCUACCUUGUCUUAGCUAUGAUACAUCCGAUGUCGCACAUGCUCAUGUAAGAACUGCGGAGACGUUGUGGAACAAAGCAUCGCUGAACCGCAGGGAACCGACGUGUAAUGUCAUGUAAGGGCGGCGUGCAAUACUGAUUCGCCAGUUCGAGAGCCGAGGCUCGCAAACUACUUCCUUCUUCGACAUCGAGGAAAGAGCUCUGACAAACGAACUUCUGUUCGCCUGAGUCAUCUGUUCAAUGUGAUAAAUAGCUGGAACUCAUCUCACAGGAGGAGAGGCACCAAUAUAAUCAACAAUCCCAAAUCACCACGAACCCACACCGCUAUCAAAUAUGACACCAACCACCCAAAACGACCUCGCCAAACGCUUCCGCGCCCUCCACAUCCCCGGCAACCCCCUCGUCCUGACAAAUGUCUGGGACGCGAUAACUGCGCGCGCCAUCGCAGCCCUCCCGUCCACCACCGCCAUAGCGACCGCCUCCUUCGCCGUCGCCGCUGCAGCCGGCCUGCCCGACGACGACCUCGACCUGGCAACCAACCUGCGCGCCGCAGCCUCCAUCGCCAAAGUAGCAGCCGCGCACGAUCUUCCGCUGACGGUGGACUUGCAGGACGGGUAUGGCGCGCAGCUGGACGAGGCGGUGCGGGGCGUGAUCCGGCUUGGCGGCGUAGGGAUCAAUAUCGAGGACUUGGGGCGCGAGGUGGGCGGGCUGUAUGGGAUUGAGGAGCAGUGUGCGCGGAUUCGGAGGGCGGUGGAGAUUGCGCGGGAAGAGGGCGUGCCGGAGUUUGUGGUGAAUGCGCGGUCAGAUGCGCUGUUCGCGGGGGAAGGGCUGGAGGAUGCGGUGCAGCGCGGCAAAUCGUAUUUGCUGGCUGGUGCGUCCAAUGUAUUCCUCUGGGUUGGAUCGAGUGGGCGUAGCUGGGGGAGGGAGGAGAUUGCGCGGGCGGUAGAGGCGUUUGGAGGGCGGUUGAAUGUUACUUUGAUUAGAGGGAGAAGUGGGGGAUUGAGCGUGAAACAGAUCGGAGAGUUGGGGGUCGCAAGGAUUAGUAUUGGGCCGGCACUGAUGCGAUGGAGCGCUGAGCAGAUUGCGGGCGAGGCGCAAAGAAUCCUGGAUGAAGAAGCCGUAAGUCCGGUGUGAUCCACGACAUGCUUCUGAUGUGGAGUAGCAUAGACUACGGCU